AUGGAUUAAAAUAAAAACAUACAGAUUGGUGAAAAGCCACUUUAAGGGAAUCCACCUUUGAUUAUACUUCGUUAGCCUCCUGUCGAAGAUUAUAAUUUGAAUAAAAAUGUAAUUGAAGAUGAAAUCUAGAUUAAUCAGGGUUAAUAACAUUUUAAGAGCAGUAUUAGUAGCGCCAAUGAUCUUAAUCAAGAGAACAACGUCUUUAGAUUUUAAUCAGGUGAUUCUCAAGCUAACUAAAAUAUAGUUCCUGUGAAGGCCAACUCCUCUAAAAAGAAGUGGAUCAUCGGUUUAGCAAUUCUUCUAGCUAUUGGUGUUAUUUUAGGAGUUGUUUUGGCCUUAACUCUAAAGUCAAAUAAUCAAAGUGAUGCCAAUGAAGUCAUAAAAAUACCUCUGACUUAUGCUAAAUACAAAUCAACUGUUGAUGUAGGUUAAGAGAGCAACCUAGUCAAAAUUAUUCAUGUUCCGAAAAGCUAGAAAAUUUACGAAUAUAAACUCUACAAUAAUUAAACUACAAUAUCAGGAAACGGAUAAAAAUCAGUUACUAACUCUUUAAUCGUUCACUAAUUUGGUUUGAUUUGCUCUGAUGUAACAGAAGAUGAGUUUAAAAUGUUUAUGUAUAUUAUUGAUUCUAAAAUGUAUGAAAAUGAUAAACUUAACAGUCAACUCACUGGAUUCCCUAAAAUAUAUGAAAAAGAGAUUUCAGCUGGAGCUAGGAGAAAUUUAUAAUAAGCUAAAAAUGUUGAAGAUGGUAUAAGUCAGGGCAAUGAAUUCUUGACAGAUGAGUCAAAUAAAUCUCUUGAGAAUGAAUAUGCUCCUUUGAAUGAACAAGAAAUAAAACUACUGGCUUCAAAAGGUAUUUCUGCUGAUUAAUAUUACUCUUCAAGAUAUCCUAUAAUUUAAUUUACUUUGGAUAAGAAUAGUAAAAUUAAAUAAAUAUAACAACCUGUCAACUUACGUUUAGACAUCUUCUAGGUUUAUAUAAAUAUAAUUGAACAAGUUACACCUAUUGUUCAAAGUGAUUUAUACAAGAUUACUGAUCAAAAUGGAAAUAAAAGAAGAAUGCUUUAAAAUUAUGAAUAAAGAAUUUUGAGUGGUGAGAAAAUUUAACCACAACUCUAGGCUACUGUUGAUUCAAAUGGCUAAGCUAAUUUGAACAAAUAAUAUGAGUAAAAUAAGGUUAACGACAAUGAUUCCAUACAAAAAUCAAACUACAGUUAAGACUCUGUUAUCUAAAAUGGUGCUCUUCUUGAAAGUAAAGCUAAAUCUGACUUCAAGGUUGAAGACAAUAAAGUUGAUGAAAAUGGAGACAUGCCUUUGUUCAAAGGUAUAGAAAUGAAUUCUGAAUGCAAAAUAUCUUUUGUGAGCUAGGAAGAUGAAGUUGAUGAUGACUUUAUCAAUUUAAUUACCUCUACCUUUAGUAGUAUGAGUGUUUUAUCUCAAACUUAUGACGAAGCUAUAGACACUUACAACACUGUUUUUAAAACAUCUACUUAAGUUGGCGAGUCAUAAACAAAUUUAGACGGUGAAGAAAUUACUGGCAGGAGAUUACUUGCUUAAAAAGGCUCUAAUCUAUCUCCACCUAUUUAAAAACCUAUCUUCAGAAAGAAUAUUGCAAUGUUUGAGUUUGGUGCUGAUGUAAGAUCUGAGUGUAAUGACUCAGGAUUUGUGAGCAAAGAAGAUAUUUGCUCAGUUGGUCUUUACAGUUUCUUUAAUGGUGCUUCUGCUAAACUUGUAGAGAGAUAAACCAAAGUUAAUGUAUCUAAAAUUCUGAAACUCUAUCAAUACAUCUAGUUUGUGGUUAAAGAUAAACUUGAUAUAGUCAAAGAAAAUGUAACUGGAAGACUUACAAGAAUUAAAAAUAGCAUAGAUAAAUUAAUAGAUGAUCUCGAAACAGUUAUUACUGUAGAAAAAAAUCCUCUUUUGAAAGUUAUCUAUAAUGUUGUUAACAAUGAUGAGCUAUAAAUUUUUGAUUUAAUUUCUAAAUUUGAGUAAGUUCUUUAAGCUUCAGUCACUACAAUUAGCAAACUUAUCAAAGAUCCAUUAAAUAAUUUAAAGGAAAUGAUCUUAGGUUUCUUAUCGAAAAAAAAUAUGAUAAUUGAAAAUUAAAUGAAUUACAUUCAAAGUGCACUUGUUGAUAAGUUAACAGAAACCAAAAGACUUAUUGAAUCAUAAACUACAGGUCUCCCAGCUGGUGUAGAAGAGCAAAUCAAGUUUGUUUUGGAAAAUCUAGAAGAUUUAUUGGAGCAAAUAAUUGAUUAACCUCUUAAAUAAUAUCUAGAUACAGUAGAGGAUUUUGCUUUAAAGCAAAUUAAUGUGAUAUACGCUUCUAUUAAUGAAGUUGAUAAAUAUGUUUCUACUUAAGAUAUUCCUGAAGAUGCUUAAGAAACUCAAAAGAAAUUAAAAGAAGUUAUAGGAUCUUCUUACGUUAUUGAUACCAUCAAAUCUAUUAUCAACAAGACUGUUAAAACCAUUUCUGAGUAAAAAAAAGUAUCAGAUUUAAUGUCUAAAGCAAUAAAAUAAUCUGUUAAUGAUAUGACUUUAGAGAUUUAUCAAAAACUUGAAGACCUGAAGACCAAAUUUCCUGAAUCUAAUUCAGAUAGUGCAAGCAAUGAAAUUGAAUCCUUUUUAAGUUCAUUCUCAGAAAUUUCUAAUUUCAAUUUUGACCUAACAACUGGAAUCAAAGAAUGGAAGUAAGAUGUAUAAGAUACUGUCAAAACAAUUAGGAAACUACAAGAAAAGAGAAUUCUUACAUUGAUUAAAAGCUUAUUUAUACAAGUAACUCAAUUCCCUAAAGAUCUAGUUGUUGAGUUAGUUAAAUAAGGAAAGGAAACUGUUUCAAAAGCUAAAAGUGCUGCUGUUGAAAUGAAAGACGAGAUCAUUUAAUUGAAAAAUAGCGUGUUUGAAAACAGUGAGAAUAUUCUUGAUGAUCUAAAAGGUAUGUUCGCUGACCUCAAGGCAUUUGUAUCAAAAACUCCUUAACCUGAUGAUAAUGAUCCAAAAUUUUAUGAGACUCCUCUGUUUGACGAAAUAAAAGAUAUUGCCGAAUCUAUUGAGGCUAUUGUUACCUAUAAUUAUGGAGCAAUAGGAUAGACUUUUAAAAGAUUCUCUGGAAUUCCAAGCAAAUUUUAGAAAUUUGUUGAUGACCUAAAGCUUCUAGGUAAUCAGUGUAUGAACUAUUUUGGUCAAAUUAAACUUUCUAUUACUGGCAUAUACAUUGAUUAAAAGUAAGCUUGGAGUGAUAUUAGAGCUUUGUUCGAAAAGCCUAAGACUGAAAUUACAUAAUAAAUAUAAGAUACAUUUGAAGAUGAAUACAAUAAAAGUCUAAAUGAACAAGUUGUUUCAUAAUUAAAUCAAGAUAUUAGCGGUUUGUAAAACAAUGAUCUAGAAAAUUAUAAAAAUGGCGUUCAUGAAUAAAGCUUUGAUGUGAACCAAUUAUUUUAAAGUUUUGUUAAAAAUCUAAUAGCUGAUGCAAAUUUUGAAAAAAUAAUCGAACCUUAUACUCUAAAAAUUCCUUUUGAAUAUACUUAUAUGUAUCCUACUCCCAUUGGGUUAAGUCUUGUAUUAAGGCUUUAUGCUAGUUGGGAUACUUCAUUAAAAUUCAAAAUAGGUUUAAAAAAUGCUAUCCUUGAUCUUGGUGCAGGUGUUUCUACUAAAGUUACAAUAGGAGGAGAAGUAGGAGCUAGUGCUUAUGUAGCAGAAGUAGGUGGUUAUGCAGAAGGAGAUUUUCUUGAAACUUCCCUCAUGCUAGGCCUAAACUUUAAAGUGCUUGAAAAGUUUAAAGGAUCAUUUUAUAUUGAUGGAAGUUUUAAACCCUAUCACAUUAAAAUUGGUAUUUAUUACAAGACUAUUUUUAGUUUGGAAAAAAUGUCAUGCGAUCUUAGCGGAAGAAGAAGAAAUUUAGGAUGGUUCUCUUCUAUAUCAAAAUUCGUUAAGAAAAGUGUAGAUGCAGUAGCUAAAGCUGCAAAAGUUGUUGCUAAAGCAGUUGAAAAAGUAAUUAAAUGCGUAUCUACUAUUUAAAUUGAAUAAAAAAGACAUGAUAUAAUUGAUCCUAUUGAUAUAUAAGGACAAACAUACUCAAAGCGUUUGGUUGAAUUAUAAUUUUGA